GCAGCAGGGCUCUCUCAGCAGACAUGUCGGCCCGGGGGAAGCGUGACUCCCAGAGCUCCGGUCACCGGAGGAAGCUGUCUGCAGACGGCCAGCAGCAGCGGCACCGGGCAGCUGUGCCUGUGCUGCUGGAUUUGGUCACAGGUCCAGAUCGUCUUCCUGCAGAUGAGGAGUUGCAGGAAAUGCUGACGGGGAAACUCAGAUUUCUGAAGGCUGACAGCACCAAGCUCAACACUCUGCUCACGGAACUGGAGGCUCAGCUGGUCACCAUCAACAGCGAGGACAAAGUCAUUUCUGUGACUUUUAAGUCAUAUGAGGAGAUAUGGAAGUUCACCACAUAUUAUACAACAGGGUUUCUGGGUCACUGUUUGGAGGAUCUGCUGUUCGAUCAAACAUUUUGGCUCAGUUCUUCAGAAGAGUUGAUGCAGGUUUCCAUAGAAGAAGAAACUCUGGACCUCUUCUACAAAGGCAUCCUGAUGCAGGAAGGCUCGUGGUUUGCCAGCUGUAGCUCCAAUCAGAUGUUUGACAGCUCCACCUCUGGAGGAGACCUGUACCUGGAGCAGGGGGAGAUCGCCCUGUUCGAGCCCCCCUUCCUGGGCUCAGGCUGGACCGUGCUGUGCCUGGCUGAUGGGGCUCGAGGUACUGCACCCAGCCCCGCCGUGGAGCCCGUCACUCCCUUCCAUCAGUGGUUCCUCAAGUCCUGUCCAGACAGCAUCCUGGUCGGGGAUGGGAAGCCCUCCUGUGGCUUCCCGCUGCAGUUUGCCACAGGGGCCUGUGUGGCGACGCAGGAGUAUGACUCUGAGGGCCCAGACGAGCUGAGCCUGGUGUCUGGCGAUCGCAUCGUCAUCGUUGGAUUUCUGGUGUCUUGUUUCGAUUGGUUCAUGGGGAGGAAGGACACCGGAGAAGUGGGCCUGGUCAAGACCAGUUCGGUAGAACCGUCACCUGAAACUCAGGAUUCAGCAGAUAUCUGUUUGGAUGGAGAAGAAUGGAUGAUGUCCAGACAGGACCAGGAGACGGUCGUAGCGGAGACAGUCGCCAUAUUGAAGAAAAGGUCUUUGAAUGAUACGGGUCAGAAACACAAACUAGACGUGAUCAGUUACCAUGACUCAGAGAAGAACGGCUCAGGUAGUCUCUGCAGCGCUGACACCGCGCCCCCCGAUCUGAAAAGAAACCUCCAGCAGAUCCUGGAACAGAGGACACACCCGUCCCCGGAGGGGACUUUGACCCUGACUGGGACCAAAGGUGCUGGCGUUCCUUCAGAUGAGACUCCAGAACCUCUGUGCUUCACCGUGCACCCCAUUAUAGAAGGAAACAAGAGCAGAGAGUUUUUGGCCCCCCUCUUCUCCUGUCUGGCAGGGCCGGAGUACAGAGAGGAGUUCGGCUAUCUGUACCGCCUCCGGCCGGGACUCCUCGCCUCCUCCGUCUUUGAAGGUCACUCUGACGAGGACCAGCUGAUUGCUUUUCUGAGCGUUGCCAGGGAAACAGCCCGGUUGAAGCGACUCCUCUGGCCUCAGACCCGACUGUGCUUCCUGCUGGGUAAGCUGUGUGCCGGGAGGUCAAAGUUCAGCCAGGCCCGGGUUUACUUGGAGGAGUCCCUGAGCAUCCCUGCAGGAGGCUUCUUGGACCUGCGGCUGCUGAGCAGCCUCUACUGCCAGCUGGCGGCCAUCUAUCUCCUGCAGAAGAACGCCGAGAGCUUCCUGAGCGUGACGGAGCGGCUGGCUGCGCUGCUGCUGGGAGAGCCGGACUGCCUGAACAGCCUGGAGGACGACUGCGCUCUCAAGUACAUGCUGAAGAAAGCUGUACUGUCACGCAACCAGCAGGCCGAGGCGCGGGCCUGCCACCUGCUGGCGAAGCACCACCGGGUCCGGGCGGAGGACGCCCAGGCGGUCCCCUAUCUGGAGAGACUCCUGGUCUGUGGCGGCGCUCAGAGAACCUGGAGCGUGUCUCCCAGCCAGGGGUUCUUGACCCUGGGAAGGUUUUAUGGGAAACUCAGGCUUCAUCACCUCAGUGUCAGUUCAGCCAGGAGGGCUUGUCUCGCUGGCUCCGCCUCGCUGUCCGACUGCCUGCUGUCCCUGCUGCUCGUCUUGGACAAUGUCAGUGCGCGCCGUGGGGUCAUGGAGCAGGACCUGUCCACCUGUCCUCAGCUGGUCCCAUAUUUACAGCGAGCUCUGGCUCUGAGCGGAGGAAGUGACUGCUACCAUGUGUUAAACCAUCAGCUAACGUUUUCCCUCUGCCAGCUGUUCCACAAGCAGCGGCUGGUCGGCCACGCCGUCAGCCUCAUGCACCGUCUCCUCAGCGUGUCCCCUUCACGCUUCAGCUCCGUCUCUGUGGCAGAAAGGAACAGCAGCCUCAUCUGGCUGGCCUGGCUUCACAUCGAAGAGCAGCGGCCGGGCCUGGCUCUGGACAUCCUGGACUGUGUCCUGGCAUCUCUGCCAGAACACUGCACCACCCCUCAGGAAGGUGUGGUUCUCAAUAUGCGGGGCGUGGCGCUCCGGUGUCUGGGUGACCUGCAGAGGGCGGCAGAGAGCUACCGGGCUGCUGUGGACAUCUGCCAGGAGUAUGAAGACAUGGCCAACUGGGCUGUCGCUCAGGCCAACCUGGGGCUGCUGUGGCUGAAGGCGGGGGCCGGCGGACUGGCCCGGCACCACCUGACCGAGGCCCUGCGGCUCUUCUCUGAGCUCGGCGAGGACCGGCAGGACGUGGACUUCAUCACGGUGCUGCUGGAGCUGGGGCGGCUCUACGUCGGGCAGCGGCAGCUGCAUUAUGGGAAAGGAUGCUACGAGUGGGCGUUGCUGCUGGCCAUCAGAGCAGACCUGGCGGACUGCCAGCUCAGAGCGACCAGGCGGCUGUGCCGUCUGUACGGGUGUGAGAGUCCCGACCCGGCUCAGAGCAUCGUCUACAGCCGGCACCAGGUCCGGCUGCUGAGGCAGUCCGGGGAGCGAGGACAGGAGGGGGAGGCUCUGGAGGCCACCAGCCGGCUCUACCUCUCUCUGGGAACUGAAAGGGCGUACCAGGCAGCCCUGGACCACACCAAGAGCAGCCUGGGUAUUUUCAUCGACCUGGGCUUCAGGGAGAAGGAAGCCUAUGGGUGGCUGCAGGCGGGAAAGAUCUACCACCUGCUGGGACAGACUGAGCUGGUGGACAUCUACAUCCAGGCAGCGCAGGAUGUGGCUCUGAGCGCCGGAGACACCGGCUUUGUUCUGAGGUUCCUGGAAGCUGCAGGAGACGUUUUCUUCGACAGCAGCCGGGCGGAGAAGGCCGUCCCCUACUACAGGGACCAAGCGCUGCCCCUGGCAGUGAAGAGCGGCAGCGUCCAGACCAGGCUCAGGCUGUGCAACAAGCUGACUGAAGUCCUGCUGCGCCUCCACCGGCACCAGGAGGCGCUGGAGUUCGCUCACACCGCUCUGGACAUCAGUGUCAUGCUAGGCGAGCGCCUGAACGAGCGAGCGGCCUCCCACCGCCUGGCCUCGCUCUACCACCGUCUGGACCAGCACGAGAUGGCCGAGCACUACUACCUGAAGACCCUGAGUCUGUGUCCGGCGCCGCUGCAGUUCGGCGAGGAGACGCUGUACUACGUGCGCGUGUACCAGACCCUGGGAGACAUCAUGUUCUACCACCUGAAGGACCCGUUCGACGCCGCUGGAUACUACCAGCUGGCCCUGGCUGCAGCCAUGGAUCUGGGCAACAAGAAGGCCCAGCUGCAGCUGUGCACGCGCCUCGCCACCAUCUACCACAACCUCCUGGGCCGGGAGCUGUCCCUCUUCUUUUACCAGCGAGCACGGGCGUUCGCAGCGGAGGUGAAUGUGAGGAGGCUGAACACCUCAGCAGAGCUGCACCAGAGCCCGGCUCAGUAG